AUGCCUGCCGAACAAACGCCUUCUCUUCUCUCUCGACACCGCCAACUCUCCCCAAAUGCCUCGCUAAGAGUUUCUCCUCUGUGCCUUGGUACGAUGAAUUUUGAAGAUGCCUACACAGCCCGGAUGGGGGAAUGCUCGAAGGAAACAGCCUUCAAGAUCCUAGAUCAUUUCGUCAGCUCAGGCGGCAACUUCAUCGAUACUGCCAAUGCCUAUCAAGCCGGUCAGACGGAAGAAUGGCUCGGAGAGUGGAUCACAACCCGACAGAACCGAGACGACUUGGUCAUCGCCACCAAGUAUUCGGCCCCGUAUAAACCCAUUGAUGGAACCAGCAGCAUCACGACGAACCGUGGCGGCAACGGCAUUAAGUCUAUGAGACUCUCCUUAGAAGCGUCCCUUCGAAAGCUUCAGACAUCCUACGUCGAUAUCCUCUACGUGCACUGGUGGGAUUAUGCAACCACCAUUCCUGAACUCAUGCAUGGGUUGAACGACCUUGUUACCUCUGGUAAAGUUCUAUACCUAGGCAUUUCUGACACACCCGCUUGGGUCGUCUCGAAAGCCAACCAGUACGCCCGAGUGGCUGGCCUCCGGCAAUUUGUGGUCUAUCAAGGCAUGUGGAAUGCGUCGAUGCGCGAUUUCGAAAGGGAUAUUAUCCCGAUGUGCCAGGAUGAAGGCAUGGGCCUUUGCCCGUACGGUGUCUUGAACCAGGGGAGAUUCCAGACAGAAGAAGGAUUCAAGGCUCGUGAGCAGAAUAACGGAGGCCGAAAACACACACCGCUCUCCGGCCACGACAGGGCAGUAUCCCGAGCCUUGGAACAGACUGCUUUGUCUCUCGAACCCCCAGAGGCCAUCACUGACGUUGCGCUAUCAUAUGUUAUGCAAAAAGCACAAUUUGUCUUUCCAAUUGUUGGCGGGAGGAAAUUGGAACAUAUAGAAAACAAUAUUCGGGGCCUGAGGGUGGCGCUUACAGAUGAUGACAUGGGCAAGAUUGAUACAGCAUCUCCAUUCAACCCGGGAUUUCCUCACACAUUUCUCAGUGGCACUCUGUUGGAUGGGGCCGAUGCUCCUCAAAGCGGAGCAUACGCGCCUGGUGAUGUGUGGUUGCUGAAGAGUCUUGGGACGAUGGAUUUCCAUGCUGGACUAACACCUCUCAAGCCGCCAUCGGUACCAUAA